ACCUUCAUAAAAAAAGAAAAUAAAACUAUAGAAGAAACAAUCUUUGUAAAAAUAAAACUUAAAAUAAUUUUCAUUUCAUUGACCAACCUUAUAUUGUGUAAGCUUUAAUGGUCCAAUUUUUCAAAAAGGUUCAAGCGGGUUCAAGAGUAAAAAUAAAAAGAAUUUUUUUAAAAAAUUAGCUAGAAAUGACAUUGGCCGAAGGUUUCAAUAUCGCAAAAGAAAAACGUCACGAAGAUACUCGUCGCAACCUCCUAAGCAGAUUUGUGCAAGCAAUGCGAGAAGACUUAUCUGAAUGGAUAAAUAGCUUAUCAUACAAUGUUGAACUUACUCCAGAUAACUUUUUACCAGGUCUUGAUAAUGGUGUAAUACUAUGCCAACAAGCAAGACUGAUCCAGAGGUUUGCAGAAGAGUAUGCUGUUUUAAACCCAAAUGAAAAUUUAAAAAUUCCUAGCAAGCCAGUUCGUUAUACAGAAAAAGGAGCUUUUUCUGGAUCUUUUGUUGCUCGCGAUAAUGUGGCAAAUUAUAUUGCGUGGUGUAAAGAAUUAGGAAUUCAAGAUGUAAUUAUUUUUGAAAGUGACGACUUGGUUCUCCAUAAAAAUGAAAAAUCAGUCAUUCUUUCAUUAAUGGAUGUCGCAAGAAAAGCAUACAAAUUUGGCGUUAGACCACCAGAAAUUGUUCGGUUUGAACAGGAAAUAGACGAAGAAAUUGAAAGAGAUGAAGAAUGCGUAAAAUCCGGAAAAAUACAACCAAAACCACGUGACUUAGAAGAAGAUAACAAUUUAGAUGUUUUGAUCCGUAAAAUAGUAAAUCAAUGUAUAUGCGAAGACAGAUUUCCAAUCAAGAAAUUAUCCGAAGGAAAGUAUAAAAUUGGAAAAACUCAUACUUUAAUAUUUGUUAGAGUAAUGCGUAAACACGUUAUGGUGCGAAUUGGAGGAGGAUGGGAUACAUUUGAUCAUUACAUUGUAAAACAUGACCCUUGCAGAACAACCAUAACAGGAAACACAGAAAAUUGCAAUCCUCAAACAGCAUCGAAUAAAGUUAAAACUUUAGCGCAGAAAAAAGUUGAAACGCUAACAAAUGAAAAAAUAAAAAGCCACGCCUCAUCGGAUACACAGAGUAUGUGCUCCGAAAGUACAAACAGUUCAGGAAGUCUAGACGAUUGCCAUCCUACUAAUAUCAAAACUACUCCAAAGUACAACGCGUUGCUUCAACAUUCUAAUGGUAUUGAGGACUUCCUUAAUAAAUCAGCAGUUAACAUGGAACAAUCCAUACAAGAGAUAGAUAUCAAAUUGAAAGAAUUGGAAAAAACGUAUAGCAACAUUACUUCAACACCUAAGGAUACAAGUGUAUAUGAAAAUAAAUCCGAUAGGUGGUUAAGAAGCCAUAUGAACGCAUUUAAAGAAACAAAAGUCGUAGAAAAAACUUCUGAACAGUUAUCCCAAGAAAAUGGAGAAAAUAGAGAUACUAUCAGAACGAAAAACUGCACCCCUAGUGUUUCAAGUGAUGAAAAAAUCAGUAAGAAAACAAAAAGCAAGAGUCAUACAGAACUAAAGUCUAUCUCUCGGAAAUUAUUUGACGCACAAGCUCAAGUUAAUACCUACUCAAAUGACAUCGAUCGUUAUGAACCGAAUACUUGUCUUUGUAUGAAAUCCUCGAGUCAAACUAACGUAUUCUAUUGUGAUACUGCCAGCCAAACAGAUUUUUCAAAACUAAUUUCACAGACUAAAUUACCAAAUGGACAAUCACGAAUUCCCGUUUUUAUGAGAUCUCGGACAGCUGAUGCUAUUAUUCGAAAUUCGACUCAAAGAGAAAAAAAUAGAAAUUCACUUGACAGAGGCUUACCUUUACAGAGAAAGAGAAAUUUAACAGAAUCUCAGAAAUUAAUUCAAGAAAAAAAUUCGCCCAAAUUAACUAAAGAAAAAUCAGAUUUAACUUCAAAAACGACGCGAAAUAAAUCGAACUCGAUAUCACUAAGCAUGAGAAGAGAAACUUCAGAUUUAACAUCUUCAAAACCUUCUUUAAGAAGAGAAAUAUCGGACUUGACUUCAUCAAAAUCUUCUUUGAGAAGAGAAAAAUCAGACUUAAUGUCUUCAAAGUCUUUUUUAAAACGAGAAAAACUAAAAACUUGUCUUCAAAAAAACCAAAAACUUGUCUUCGGUUAAACAAACUUAGUUGAACUCUGAAAUUCAACUCUGCCAUAUUGGUUUAACAAUCGUUGAAGUCAAACUUGCACUUAGUUUCAGGCAAUAUAAGUUUAACAAAGAUAAGCAAAACAAGUUGCAGAAGAAAAAAAAACAAACUAUAAAGGAAAGCAACGUUUUCAUAUAAGAUAGGUGUUCCAAUUAUUAAAUCUCAACAACCAUUACAAAUGGUUGUUGAGAACAAAAAAAAAAACUUAUCUGUUACUUUAUUAAAUGUCAUUAAAAAAUUUUUAAUUGAACAUUUUGAAACAGCAUUUUGAUGAUGAGAAUAAGUUGGUGUCAAUGUAGACAUUCUUAAAUAGUAAACUUUUCAAAACAGCA